AUGGCUCAAGACGUCGGCAUCAAAGCCAUCGAGAUCUACUUUCCGAGUCACGUAAGUAGAGAACCACCUAGCCUUAUACUACAGUCUUGGGAAGCUGAUGUUUUUCAAGUAUGUGGCACAAUCCGAGCUGGAGACCUUCCUGGGCGCCAGUCCUGGAAAGUAUACCAUUGGACUUGGCCAGACAAAGAUGAGCUUUGCGAUGACCGCGAAGAUAUCUACUCCCUUACAUUGACGACUGUUUCUUCCCUACUACGAAAGUACUCGAUUGACCCCAAUACCAUUGGGCGCCUUGAGGUGGGGACAGAAUCUAUGCUGGAUAAAGCAAAGUCUUGCAAGUCUGUCCUCAUGCAGCUUUUCGGAGAAAACUCCGAUAUUGAGGGAGUGGACACCUACAACGCUUGCUACGGUGGAACAAAUGCUCUCUUCAAUGCCAUCAAUUGGGUGGAGUCAUCUGCAUGGGAUGGCCGAGAUGCGAUUAUUGUGGCGGGAGAUAUUGCGCUAUACGAUAAGCCGGCUGCACUUCCCACCGGAGGAGCAGGCUGCGUUGCUAUGUUGAUCGGACCAAAUGCCCCUCUGGUCUUUGAGCCAGCUCGUGGUUCUUUCAUGCAACAUACCUAUGACUUUUACAAGGGCGAUUUCAAGUCCGAAUACCCGAUUGUAGAUGGUCAAUUCUCGAACAAGUGCUAUCUGAGGGCUCUGGAUAACUGCUAUAAGCGUUAUCAAGCGAAGAAGUCUUCUCAGCUUGUCAACGGCACGACGGGGAAUACUCCACUUGAUUCAUUCGAUUACUUUGUCUUUCAUGCCCCUAACUGCAAAUUGGUAGCCAAGUCGUAUGCACGGCUGCUAUACAAUGACUAUUUAGCAGAUCCACAAAAUCCCACCUUCAAGGGUAUCCCCACCGAGGUCAAAGAAAUCGACUAUGAGAGUUCCCUUGGCGACAAGGGCGUAGAAAAAACUUUCAUGACUCUAACGCAAAAGCGCUUCUCGAAUCGCGUACAGCCUAGUCUUAUGGCAGCAACCAUGUGCGGCAAUUCGUAUACAGCAUCAGUAUACUUUGGACUAGUCAGUCUGCUAAGCAGUGUGCAGGGUAAGGAGCUUCUAGGCAAGAGAGUUGGAUUCUUCAGCUACGGGAGUGGUUUGGCUAGCAGCAUGUAUAGCCUCCGUGUCAAAGGUAAUACCGAUGAAAUGGCACGCAAACUGAACUUGGUUCAGCGGCUUGAAGCUCGAAAGGCCGAGUCACCCGAAUUCUACGACCAGGUCAGCAUUCACCGCUCUUUUUUAAAUGUGUAG